GAGGGAUCGGACAAGGAGAAUGACGAGACAGAGACAGCAAACGAGUGGCCGUUGCCGUUUCCCGUGGCGAUGUGGGACCUGAUUGACCUGAAACACCGCGACCCCGGGAGAAGCACCGGCAGGAAGCUGGUGAGACAUGGCUUGACAAAGCUGCUGCGACUGGACGCGCGAUUUCCAGGCCUGUGCCUUACUCCGGUGGACAGCAAGACGUUGCAGUGCGUGACUCCGCUGGAUCGCGAAAUUGUGGAGAAAUACGGCUGUGCGGUUGUGGAUUGCAGCUGGUCACGUAUAGACGACACACCCAGAGUGAAGACGGGCCAUCGUCGCAUACUGCCCUUCUUGGUCGCUGCCAAUCCGGCAAACUUCGGGAAGCCCUGCGAGUUGAGCUGCGUCGAGGCUAUCGUGGCUACUUUAAUUAUAACGGGAUUCCCGGACGAGGCUAAGCUGUAUCUCGAAAAGUUCCGUUGGGGAGACUCGUUCCUAGAGUUGAACGGCGAAUUGUUGGAGAAGUACGCUCGUUGCGCAAGUCCUGAAGAAGUAAUAGCGGUACAAGAGAAGUUUAUAAAUGAUGCCUGGCAGGAGAAGAUAGAUAGACUUGCGCUUCCUGACUUUCCAGAAAGUGAUACAGAAUCUGAAGAAGAGGAGGAAGAAAAAGAUAGGGACGCAGUGUCCGAAGUAGCUAAAGAACUAGCCAGUACAAGAAUAUAAAAGUAUAAUAUUGUGCGAUGCAACUAUUUGAUGAUCAAGUGAUACAAGCACUUUUACAUAUGUGAACAUUUUGUACAUUUUGUUGAAAUAAUGACUAUAUAUUAUAGAUUCAUAAUAUAUAUAAAUUAUGUAGUAUAUGAUUAAAGCAAUGGGAAAGGA